GUAACUUCUGUUAUUUAUUUUUGUAUCCCAAGUAUUUGAAAAGGGCUAAGCUUUAAGAUUUUGAACGCAUUAUAAUUCCACGUUGCCUUUUUAAACUGCGCUCUGAGGACUACACAUCUGACUCCUAUAGGCCUAUUUUAAAUGCUGUCAGUGAAGUAAUAUCAGUUUUUUUUUUAAAGUGACAUGAAGUCUCACAAGGAGCACACUGUUCACAGUGAAAUUAAAAACGGUAUACUAGUGCCGUGCAGUCAGAAAGUAGGGUAGACUAGCUCUGAUGUAAAUCCCUGUGGAAAAGGGACACAGUUGGCACUAGGCUGCUUGUCACAGAUUGCUGUUCAGUUCGUUGUUUUUCUCGAAGGACAUUUAAGCAGCUGCGUCCCUUGGCAACAAACCCCCGAGCUGCUACCACUGACUCCCGGUCAAAUGCGGAUUGCUCUCUCGACGUUCUCCACCGCUGUUUUUCUACACAGGACUAAACGGCUGAGCUGAUCCUAAAUCAGUUUAGGGGAUUUUGCAGCACCUGCAGGAAUAGCCAUGGAAGGGGGACUAGUUGUGCAGGAAGACAUGAAGUUUCGUGGCGCGGAGGUCUCUGUGAAGAUGGAGCUGGAGGAAAGUUUGCUGACUGUGGAGAUUUCAGACGUGCUGACCGCUGAUCAGUGGAGAGGAGAGUUUGAUGCAGCCUAUAUUGAGGACCUCACACGCAAGACUGGCAACUUCAAACAGUUUCCCAUCUUCUGCAGCAUGUUGGAGUCUGCUGUCAGUAAGAAAAGCGAGUCUGUUACACUGGACCUGUUGACCUACGCCGACCUGGAGCUGCUCCGGAACCGCAAGGCCGGCGUAGUGAGCCGCCCCCGCGGCCAGCAGCAGUCCUCCGGCCUCAGCGCCAAGCGCUACCUCAUCCUCAUCUACACCGUCGAGUUCGACAGGAUACACUACCCCUUGCCCCUGCCGUACAUGGGGAAGCCAAACCCUGCUGCUCUACAGAAGGAGAUCCGAUCCCUGCGUGCUGAACUAAACGCACUUUAUAACAGAGGAGACGCCAGACCAUCAGACUAUGAGACACGUCGACUACGAGCAGAGCUGGCAUUGGUGAGGGAAGAGAAGGAUGCAUUGGCCAAAGCUCUGGAGCGGCUGCAGGUGGUGGGAUCCUCCUCCACGCCUGGCGGUGGCGCCAGAGGCAUGCGGGAUGUGGUGCGCAACCUGGAGGAGCAGCUGCUGAGGGAGAGGGCCAAGAGCCAGCGCUCGGCCAGCAAGAGGGGACAGGAGCAGCGCGUCCUCGUCGAUCAGUUGGAGGAACUAAGGGCUUCAGAGCGAUCACUCAGGAUUCGAGUGAAAAGCCUGACAAACGAGUUGUGUCUUUUGCGCCGUGGGAGGGUGACCCCCUUGUCGGGGUCACGGGGGGACGCGUCAGACAUCGGCGGCCACCGCUCCUCGUCCAGGGAGCGCAACAGCGUGAGUCGCAUCGUCAUGAGGGCCCGCUCCGGCUCUCGGGAGAGGAUGGAUGACGGCAGGGGGCGCAGGUCGGAGGAGAGGGGCAGGAGGGCCGACUCCACAGGGCCGCGCUCCUACAUCGCAAGGAACUCCCCCUCACCCUCAGGAUCGAGGGCUCCCAGGUUUGACCCCACAGCGUAUAUCCAGGACCGCCAACGCCGGCAGAGAGAGGCCGACCUGAAGAAUCAAAGGAAGGUGCGGCGAGACAUGCUGGCGUCGCCUUCCCUGGUGGAGCGGGGGCGUUCGCGCUCGCGGGAGCUGUGCCCACAGCUGGUGCGCACGGGCAGCGGCGGGGGGCGGGGCCGGAGCCUGUCCCUGGAGAGUCGGCGCAGCCAGCGGUCCUCCGGGAGCUCCGUCACAGAGCUGGACGAGCUGGCCAAGCCCCUGCCAACACGGGGGAGAAAGCCUAUCUACAAUGGCCCUACCACAACCCGAGGCAGACAUCUGAUCAAAAAGCCUGUAUGUAGCACUCCCACCCGCAGAGCCAGGACCAACGACAGAGAGACGUCCAUAGACGGAGCGGACCUGUCUGAGAUAGACGCUCGUCUGCAGGCUCUGCAGGACUAUAUGCGGGAACUGGACACAGGCCACUAAUGCAACUGCUGCCCUGCCCUCAUGCCAGCACUCUCCUCUCGGCACACUGGACACUGCUGCCCUGAUGCAAGCACUCUCCUCGCUCGCCUCUGACUGCAGCUGCAUGCAGGGAGUAUUCUGAUUUCAAGCAUAAUAUCGUCAGUGUCAUCGGUUUUAAAGUGACACUGCAUAAUUUCUGGAAUAAGCGUAUUUUACACCUCCCCUUGAGUUAAAUGAUUGAAGCUUUCCUUGUUUCUCCUGUAUUUCCCAGUCGUUCUUGGAUUCUGGCAGCACAAAUUAUACCUCCACGCUAGCAUAAGUAAUUGAAUCGUUUGUGACCCCUUACGAUUGAAUGAUAAUUGAAAGUUGGAACUAGAGGUACUAUCACCAGAUUGAGAGAAUGUCUGGAAGAAUAGGAGAAUGGUCAAAUUCAAUUACUUAACUAAAGGGGCGGUUCAAAAUGAGCUCAUUUCCAGAAAUGCUGAAGUAUGCCUUUAAAAGAAGUUCUGGAAUAGUCCGUUUCCAUGUGUGGAAGAGUGCUGCUCUACCAGAAUCCCCUCGGAACACAGCCACAUUCAGAAUGAAUGAAGAAUUUACAUGGCUGGUGCACAAACCGAAUACUGCCACCAUUCCGUCUUGAUAUCGGAAUAUUCCCCGCAUGUAACUGCAGUCAUUGGUGAGGAUGCCCCCCCUGUGCACCAAACUACUGUGUGAAGAUGACUCAAAGGGACCAUGGGUCCAACUCAAUAUCUAAUCUCCUGUCCUCCCCUUUGACUCAUGUGGCCUCGUGACGCGAGGCAAGACAAGACAAGACAUCAUUGGCGAUAGAAGUUUUAUUCAAUAUCUAGCAAAAGCACAAUUCAAAUAUCGUUUUCUCAUUUGCAAUCAGGAUGUUGAAUGGGAAAAAGUCCCCCAAAAGUUGUGCCUAGGCUGACAGUGGGGGAACUUUGUUUCGGUCACGGAUGUGGGCCGUCAGCGAAACACAGGGUCACAAGGAGAGGACGGGAAGUUAGAUAUUGCGUUGGACCCCAAGACACUUACUGUUAAUACCUCUUGGUAUAUUUUUUACAUGUAUGUGUAACAGAUGCCAACUAGCGGCUGUAAAACGUCAUAUCUGGUUGUCCUAAGAUUCAUAUCUUGUUUUUUGUUGUUUUUACAUGUCCUGAGAAGGGUUGUUGUACUGUGUACCUAUUUUUUGUCCACAUGAAGUUAUCCCUGGAGCUGGACUCUUGCUUUACGAUUAGGAAAUGCACGUUAGGAACUAUACCAAACAUCUUCUAGUAGAGUAAGAUAAAUCAAGCCUGUACUUUUCCGGGAUCCAUUUUAUGUCAGGUGAACGCCCCUUUAGGAGACUUUAGGUUGAGAAUAAAUGGAGUCCCCUUAGCGCUGUGGAUGGCCAUAGCGCGUAUCUUAUGCAAGCCGCCACCAAACGUCACAGAAAGAGAAGAAGGAGGGGACAAUGCCCCCUUUGAGGACCAAACUUGAGCACACUAGGCGAGGUUUGAUUGAUCUUGCUGUACUAGAGGAUUUUUGACUAUACCACUGUUGCCAUGGGCGGCCUUCAGAGUAAGGGACCGUGUUUCAUUGCCCUCCCCGAAGCCUGACCUCAGGAUUUGCCAACGAAGACAAUCCAUUCAAGCACACCAAGAACAUGGAUGGUCAAACCACCAUGAUCUGUUGUUUAACACUUUUUAUCUUGUAAAUACUUUAUUGUAUUUAACUGUUUCCGUUUUGCAUUGUCUGUGAACUAUUUUGAAAGAUGACGUUUUAUAUAAAUCA